AUGGAUCGUCUUGCUCUUUUUCAGUUUGGUUUACUUUUACUUGCUCUACCAUUACAAUAUUUUAUUUUAAUGAAAUGGUCUUCGAAGGAUAUUGAACAGAUACAAGCAAUUACUAAAAUUACAAACCAAAUUAAUCAAGUAUUUCAUUAUUUAUCUCCAUCAACAUGGUUUAAUUGGUUUAUUAGUUUUGUUAUUGAAGUUCCACUUGGUUUUAAUCCACUUUUACAUAAACGUACAUGGAGACGUGGAAUUGAGUCUCCCGCUACAGAAGUGUAUUAUAUGAGAGAAAAAUAUGGAUAUUUUGCUACUUCACCAGCAAUUCGUUCAUCUCGAUCUGAGUAUGUUAAAUUUCGAGUUGGUCAAGUUGUUCGACAUAAAAUCUAUGGUUAUCGUGCAGUAAUUAUUGGCUGGGAUGAAAUAGCUUCUGCACCAGAUCAAUGGCUUGAUGAACAUCAUCAAGGACAUCCAGAAUAUAGAACUCAACCAAAUUAUUCUGUAUUACUUGAUACAAGAGAUCGACGUGCUCAUAAAACUUAUAUACCACAAGAACAUAUUGAAGUUAUUAAAAAUACAAAGAUUUCAAGAAUUAAAAUUAACAUUUUGAAAGAUAUUAUAAUUCUUUGGUUUCAAAGUCGAGUUGAGAAAUGAAUUAUUCCUAAUUGUGUAAUGAAAUCAAAAUUUUAUCCUCGUCGUACUUUUAUUGCUGAUCAAAUUGAUAACGAAUGUCCGAAUAAAACAAGUCUUUAUUAUCAAUUACCAUUUCAAAAAGGUUACCUAGUCGAUUGGAAUAUUCAAAAACAAGUAUGGGAUCAUUUAUUUGGCAAAAUACCAUUUAAAUCAACUGGUUUAUUAAUGACAGAACCAUAUAUGAAUUUAAAUUUCAUUCGUGAAACAAUGGAUCAAAUCUUUUUUGAAGAAUAUGAAGUUGCAUCAUUUGCACGAUAUGAUCCUGCUACAUUAAGUGCAUAUCAAUAUGAACGAGAUACGAAAUCGAAUUAUGUUCUUGUUAUUGAUUCUGGUUUUUCAUUUACACAUAUUGUUCCAUUUUAUCAAGGAAGAAAAUUACUUGAUGGUAUGACAAGACUUGAUGUUGGUGGGAAAUUAUUAACUAAUCAAUUAAAAAGUGUUAUUUCUUAUCGACAACUUUUAGUUAUGAAUGAAACGUAUAUUAUUAAUGAUUUAAAGGAAAAUGUAUGCUUCGUUUCACUGGAUUUUCAAGAAGAUAUGAAAAAAGCACGUUUACCAUUAUCUGAAAAUACGAAUUCUAUGGAUUAUGUCUUACCAGAUUAUAAUGAAAUUAAACAAGGUUAUGUUCAACCUCCAUUAUCAUCAAUACCUAAUGGUAAUAUUGCUGAUAGUUCAAAAAAGAAUACAACAAAACAACAACAACAGAUUGUACGAAUGAAUGUUGAACGUUUUACUAUUCCGGAAAUAAUUUUUCGACCAUCUAUUAUUGGCAUUGAUCAAGCUGGAAUUGCUGAAUCGAUUUAUAAUUCUGUUGAAGAAUUACCUGAACAUAUUCGACCAAGUAUAUAUAAUAAUAUUUUAUUAACCGGUGGAAAUUGUUUAUUUCCGAAUUUUAAAGAACGUUUAGAAAAUGAAUUACGUUCUAUGAUUAAAGAUGAUUAUCCAAUUCGAAUAACACUGCCAGAAAAUCCAAUAACAUAUGCAUUAAAUGCUGGAGUUACAUUAACAAAUUCAUCUGACUAUGCAAAUUAUUGUGUAACUAAACGAGAAUAUGAUGAACAUGGUGUAUCCAUUUGUCAUCGAAAAUUUGGGGAUAAUUCUUGA